AUGAAGACUUCUGCCAUUCUCGCUCUCUCGGGCUCGCUUCUGGCCAUGGCCAGCCCCAUCAACAAGCGCGUCUACGAGACCGAAUAUGUCACCGACUUGAUCUAUGUUACCGUGACUGUCGAUCCCUGGACAACCACAACAGUCUAUCCCCUGGAACACGAAACUCCUGAGGUAAAGCACACCACUCUCACUACCGCUGCCCCAGUGACGAUUAUCACGACAACGAGGGCGCUGCCGCCUCCGACGACGACAUCGACGACUUCUAUUGUUGCACCUCCGCCAACAACUUCUUCGACGUCGACUUCCACAACGUUACCUCUGCCUGUUCCAACAACCUCGACCACAAAAUCACCCUUGCCUGUGCCAACUACUUCCACUUCCAAAAUUGCAGUCCCAGCUGUCACCAUUGCCGCUGAGGUGACUGUUGCCGCUAAGGUGACUGUUGCAGCCACGCCCUCGACUUCGUCUAAGACCUCAACGUCGUCUACCUCAUCGACAACGGCUGCUGCCGCCACUGCUUCCUCCGAUGAUUUCCAGACAACUGCUGUCUACCACCACAACAUUCACCGUGCCAACCACUCUGCUCCUGACUUGAGCUGGAACAGUGACCUGGCCAGCUAUGCUGCCACGGUCGCAGCGACGUGUGUCUUUGCUCACGAUCUGACCCCUGGUGCUUCUACCGGCGCGUACGGCCAGAACAUCGCAAUGUACGGCUCAUCUGAUGCUACCGAGAGCACCUCGUCUUCUUCCGUCAUUGCCCAGGCCGUCACCGACAUGUGGUACAACGGCGAGGUCUGGCAGUUUCCCGAGGCCGGCUAUGGCGAGGACACCCCCGACAUGACCGACUUCGAAGCCUGGGGUCACUUCUCCCAGCUUGUCUGGGUUGCGUCGACUGAAGUUGGCUGUGCCGUUCAGUAUUGUGCUGCUGGCACUUUGGUCUCCGACAUGGCUUCCUUCUUCUCAGUCUGCAACUACCGCUCAGAAGGUAACGUUGGAGGUAGUUACGGCACCAACGUGCUGAAGUCCCUGGGCAAGGCCUCCGUCACUAUCUAA